AUAUAUAUAUAUAUAUAUAUAUAUAUAUAUAUAUAUAUAUUAAUUCUAUCUAUGCACGCUAUAAUACACCACACAACAGCGUAAAUAGUUUCUCGCUAAGAAUAAAUUGAUCGAUCGACAUGAGAAAUCAAUUUGACUCAUACUUUAAUUACAUUGCAUCUUUUUAUUUUUAUUUAAAAGUAAUUAUAAUUAUCUGAGACAUAUUUUAAACAUGAAAUAAUAAUUUGUAUUAUAAUGUGAAAAAUGUAUGAAAGUUAAAAGCGGGAAAUGUAACGUGUGUGUCGGCACCCUUGUCGCGUGAAGUUGCGCGAGACGAAGGCGUUUCUCACCAACUUCACUUGAUACACCUUUCUGGAAAUACAGUGGACGCGGGACGGACGCGGAGCGGAUCAGCUCCAGGAAAAAUGCCAUCACAAUUAGUUUAAUAGAAAACGGCGGACGCGGGAUCAGCCGAAUCAGCGGGAUGAUGGAUCAGAACCGAAGCGAGUGACGUCGCAACUUGUUUAACAGAAUGCAGCGAACUGGAUGGACUUGGCAGACCGGGCGGACGUGGCGGCAUGAAUCGGAACAGGAGCGAGCGGCGCGGCGUCGCGACUCGUUUAACAGCUUUCGGCAUCCUGAAGAAAUGUCUCUAUAGAUGCUCCUGGAAAUCAAUUUCUUCGUCCGCUACGAAUCGACAAUUUCGUCGAAACCCAAUUUCCAUAAGAAAGUAGCGAGGUUUUUUAAUCAUGGAAGUCUGAAAUGGCCUCCUUAUUUACCUGAUUUGAAUCCGUGUGACUUUUUCCUCUAAUCUCUAAUGAUAUCUCAAAUGGUAUAGAUAAAUGACUGUACAGCAGUUUGAUGCGCCACUUGCGGCUCGCAGGCCGCAUAACCAUGGACUACAGGCCGCAAGUUAUUCACGUCAUUUGUAUAAUGAGUAUAUAACACAUUAUAUAUGCACUACCAAAAUAGACAUGCAGCCUGCAAGAUUUUUUCUAUUUCUAAAAAUAGUCGUUUAAAAAAGGCUACGCAUUACUGCAAUAUCCUCAAAAGAUUGAACAGCUUUUAUAUUUGUGUGUAUGUGUAUGUACUUGUGUUGUCUUGUGUUGUCUAAUUUAAAUAAAGAUAAAAUAUCUCUAAUGAUUGUGAACGCAAGAAAAUUCUAAAUGGAAAAUUAAAAAUACAUAAUUUUGUAACAAAAUACAGUGUUUUUUAAACUAAACCAAUUUUUUUAUUUAUUUUCACCAUUACUUUUUCACUUCCAUCGAUUGUACAGUGCGUCACAUUUUUGUAAAUCAUGUCUUAAAUAAUAAAUAUUUCAUUACUGUGAGUCUAGAAUCUGUUAAACAACAUUUUGACAAAUAUAAUAGUUCAAGUUUCAAUGUAAAGUAUUGAUUAUUAACAAAGUUACUCAACGAAAUGUAAAUGGCUGUUAUAUUACUCCCUUCCCUAUACAUGUAAUAUAUAUGUAUAUACGUACAUGUAUUUAAUUAGAUUUGUAUUAUGAAUUUCUCCAGAGCUUUUAUUAUGCAGAGAUGUUUUCGAGGAGGAAAAACAAUUGUAUAAAUAAAUGUAAUAGAUAUUAAAUGCGAAUUUACGUGUUUUUUUUUUUAUAAAAAGGAAAGGGUAUUAUCAUUUUAUCGCGCAUUGAAAUACGAGUUCGACUUCACCGUUUUUGUAAGACUGACGCUGACAUCGCUUUAGCGCAAAGUGCUAAUUCCGUGGAAAUUCCACGUUUGUAGACAACGACUCGAGUUUUGGCGAGUCUAAGCGACUUAUCACCCACUGGAGACGGACAGAGUUCGUAAACUGAAACGAACACGUUACAUUCGUUCAAACGCGUAACGAAAACGAUUCCGUCUGCUGCUGCAUAAAGUGAUCCGAUUGAAAGGGAUAUCAUAAAUCAAUUUCAGUUAGAUAAUCAGAUUCCUAAAACUGUUUUCUUUUCGUGUCCACGUGUUUAAUUACUCUGCAACACGUGAUGAACAUAUAAACACGCCUUGACUAUUUAUAUGACUGAUACAAUUUUUAUCAUUUCACGUUGUUCCAAGGACCGCUAUUUUUUGUUAAAAAUGUUGAAAACUUUAUAUUAUGCAAACUAUACACCAAUUAUUUGCAUUCUGAUAUUAUUUGUUCAAAUGUGGUUUUCCUUGUUUAGACAGGUCCCAACAUAUCGAUAACUAAAUAUCAAAGUAUCAACAGAUGGUUUUACAUGCGAAUAAUUUAUCUCCAACUUGUUAUAAUGCAAUACACUUUUUAUUGAAUCAUUUAAAAGAUCGAUGUUUAUUAUCUGUAAAAUUAAAAUUUAUAUCAAGUUCGAUCGAUUCAUAUGUAUAUUUAUCUGUCGCAUGUAAUACUGUAUCUGUCUGUAACGCUUGCAAUAAGUGUGCGUAUCUACUCUGAUAUGUUAAUCAUUUAAUUCUCAACAGAAUAUUAUGAAUAAUCCUUGUGAUUGAUUUAAUUAGACUUUGAACGUUAAAUAUCUGUGAAGGCGCAAAACGAGCGCAACUAUCAGCGGCAGGUAUGAAGCAGGUCGAUAACCUGAGAUGCAGGUUUAUCGCGGCGAAUGGCAUAUGAUUCCGAAUCGGUGUACGGCCGAGGAAAAUUCAUCGUGGGAAAGCAUCGAUCGCCUCAAUGACUUCGUAAGCAUUCUUUAAACAGGAUACUUCUCAUAGCAAUGAUACGCAGAAAUACAAAGCGGAAUUAAAUAAUGCAAAAUUCAAAAAUAUAAAAACUGUUGUAGAUAACAUUGAGUAUUAAGGAAUUAAUUAAAAUAAUUUAUUAAAAUUUCCUACAAAUAUCUUGAUAAUUUCAUUCUUUCGUUUUUUUUAUCAUACUCACUAUGAGAUCACUUCCAUUGUUAAUUAGUAAUUAAUUAGUACGCACAAAAUAUUAAAUGCACUGGCGCGACCGCCGUGCGUAUUCUCAAUAAUUUUAUAAUACUUCGUUAGCGGUGCAAAUCAUUGGCCGUUUAAGAGAGUUCAUUUCGUUCGAUCACCCCGCCUCGAACCGUUUGCGUAAUUACAGGCUUCAUUAAGUUAUAUGAAUAUUGGCGCGCGGGAUGAAUGCGUUUGCGAUUGAGAUUAAUUGGGCUUACACGUAACGGCCGUUUGCAAAUUAUGACUGUUCGAAAUCUCGACGGGCGACGCGUCUGACCAAAUGACCCCGAAGAUUUGAUAAGAGGAGGCAACGUCGGUGCAAAGUCAUCGAUCGGCACAAUUCGCGAAUUAUGAUGCAAGCGACCGAUUAUGAGACAGCCCGUUAUUUCUUCGCACGGCACGUAGGCAUUUAUUGCGAAGUGUAAUCUGCGCAAGCUGUACAGUCAAAAUAUAUUCGCGUCAGCGUAUCCAUGCAUGCGCGGAGUAAUAUUUUCAAUCGCGAUAAAUUGCUCGUAACGACACUCGUUACUUAUUUAUUAUCAAUGUUGAAUAUGCGUUUUAUCGUGAGCCGAUUCUUCACUUUCGCUUCUAAUUUACUGGUUUAAGUGGCACAUAUUAAGUAACGCAUCAACGACGACACGACGCGACCGUCGCGUCACUUGGUCUGAGGACAGCUCAAUAAUACAAUUACUGCGAAGACCCGUCCCCACCAGAGGAUUCGAAAGGAUACUUCUGCCUGUGUGUCCCUCUCGACAAAUGGAUUUACAAGUAAGACCAAAGGUCCGCCUCUCUUUUCCCCACUUCGUUAAUACCAUCCUACCAUAGGUGUUCCUAUGUCUCUCUCUUUCGUCGAGGCCCCCUCCCAUCAAGAAUUACUGUCAGUUGAUGCACUAUAUAAGACAGGCAAGGACAAGAAGGUGUAUACUAGUACAUUCAAUCCUUCCGUGGCUCGCACAGUUCACGACGUGGCGAGCGGCAGCAAAUUCGGCUGCGGCGGUGACCGACAUUUUUUUCUCUCUCUUUUUUUCUCUUCCAUCGCUUGUAGAUUCUUUCCUUUUUCCCCUUCUACUUUCCCCUGCCUGUUCUAUGUUGCCCACGGUACGUUCUUGAUUUGUAAUUUAUCUUUGCUUACGGCGGGACAUCGCUUAUUCGUCUCGCAACAGCCGCAGUCACAGCAUCAGAGCAGCAUUAGAUAUAAAAGACGAAGAGUUGAACGGACGUAGUACACUCGAACAAACGAACUGUAUUUUUUUUUGUAUCGAGAAACUAAGAGAAGAAGAAAACCGUUCAAAUAUAGAGACUUCGUAUGGUGUGCAUGCAGCAGUGAUAAACCAAGCAACGACAGAUAUUCGAAGACGAGCGCUUCGAUAUUUUCACGGCGCUUUGAUCAAUCGGCGGUCCGUGAUCGAUACGAGAUGUUGGUAAAGCAAAGUGUGCUGUGGUUGUGGUGGACGCUGGGUGGAAACAAUUUCGAGGUCUUUUACUCCCUUCUAAUAUUCAUCGGUGGUGCUGCAACGGUGUCGCGCAUACUACGGUUGAAACGUAGUCUCGCCUUGCCGCCUGGUCCAUGGGGGUGCCCGAUCAGAGGCUACUUACCCAACAUGACGGGCCCCACGCACUUGAAGUUCAAGAAAUUGGCCGACGACUUUGGUAAAAUAUUCAGUGUCUCCUUUGGAUCUGAUGUGAUCGUCGUUCUCAGCGAUUAUCAGAAGAUACGCGAAAUGUUCAGCAAGGAGGAGUACACCGGCAGACCGCACACAGAUUUCAUGAACAUCAUCAAUGGAUACGGCAUCGUUAAUACAGAGGGUGCCCUGUGGAGCGAGCAGAGGAAAUUUCUUCACGAUAAACUUAGAAAGUUCGGCAUGAUGAAUUCUGGCAUGGGCAGGGCAAAUAUGGAAAAGAGAAUCAUGUGCGAGGUUGACAUGUUUCUUCAAGAAUUGAGAACGCGGAAGGAGGAGCCUACAAAUAUUUCAUCCCCUCUUGCUGUGGCGAUCAGCAAUGUGAUUUGUUCCCUCACAAUGGGCGUGCGCUUCAGCAACGAUGAUCCGAAAUUUAAAAGAUUCAUGGAUCUCAUUGACGAGGGAUUCAAACUUUUUGGGAAAUUGACGUACGCGAAUCAUAUACCGAUAUUGCGCUACUUGCCAGGGAUUAACGGCAUCCGAAAUAAGAUCUCGCAGAAUCGAGCAGAAAUGGUUGAGUUCUUCCAACAGAUCAUCGAUGAUCACAGAACUCAUUGGAAACUCAAUGGAACCGACGGACUCAUUCAGAUGAGCGAUAUUCGCGACAUUGUUGAUGCGUAUCUGUACGAAAUUCAAGAAGCGGAAAGAGAAGGCCGAGAUCACGAACUCUUUCAGGGCAAAGAUAAAGAUCGUCAAAUGCAACAAAUUAUGGGCGACCUCUUCUCAGCUGGCAUGGAAACGGUGAAGAACACCUUGGAGUGGUCAAUGGUUUUCAUGCUGAAUUACCCGGAAGCGGCAAAGGCGGUGCAGAAAGAAUUGGACGAGAAAGUAGGAAGAACGAGAUUGCCUUUAUUAAAGGACCUUCCCGAUCUUCCGAUCACCGACGCGACAAUUCAAGAGAUCCUUCGCAGAUCCACUCUCGUGCCGCUUGGAACCACGCACGCCACUACACGAGAUGUGUCAUUGGACAACUAUACGCUACCAGCUGGUACUCACGUAAUACCUUUGCUGUACAAGGUGCACAUGGAUCCGACACUUUGGGAUGAGCCGGAAGCCUUCCGACCUAGUCGUUUUCUCUCCGAGGAUAAGACAACAGUUAACAAGCCAAAAUACUUCAUGCCCUUCGGUGCCGGUAGACGAAUAUGCCUAGGCGAGACGCUGGCACGCAUGGAAAUCUUUCUGUUCUUCAGUUCGAUGAUGCACAUGUUUCAUCUGAACCUGCCCAAGGACGCCUCACCGCCCAGCUUGGAGGGCAAUGUCGGCAUCACGAUAUCACCGAAAUCUUUUGAAGUUUGCUUACAGUACAGAGGUCUUGAUCAGGACUGCGGUAGCAACGGGCCCCUGCGUAAUAUCGGCAGCCAUUAAGUAUUUUCAACAAACUUCAAAGCACGGGCACGGUAUUUGUUCCUAUUGCCGCAGGAGAGGCCAACAAAGAGAUUCGUGUGCUGAUGUCAUGAGUCCAUCUACGCUAAUGCACGCGCCGAAAUGUAAGAUUACGUUUAAUUUUAUAUUAACUAUCAGAGAACGAUUGAAAGUUUACGCUUCGUCGAAAUCUUCAAGUACAAAUCAAACAUUUGUGAAAAGUUUUGACAUUCCUAACUGAAAAGUUUAUAAAUUAGUUUUAUUAAAAAAAUGAGAAAUUUUAAGUUUUAUUAAAAUUCACUCUUUAAUUUUUAGAGCUAGAAAUUUUCUCUGAAAAUAAAACUUGAUCGUUCUCUGACAUCUAAGUAUAUUUUAGUAUUUAAGUGGAUUUUUGAAAGAAAAAAAAAACGGAAAAAAAAUUAGUAGAUUGUGGAAAGUUAAACUCUUCGCACAAAAACAUCGUUAACGUAUUACGGAUAUUCUUGUACGGAGAACCUAAUAAUUUUGAUACUUCAUAGAAUCGCGUAAGCUAUAGCGAAUUCGAUUAUAGUAAAUUGAACCGUAUUAGAGUGCACUGGCACACUAAGUGCGCAUUAAAGCCGUUGUAGAUUGUUCUAAACUGAUUGUAAAAACACAAAUAUUUCGAACGAUAAAAUAUUUCCAAUUUCACACAGAAAUGUUAUUUUUUGUAACACAUUCUGUAUAGUUUUUUUUUAAGUUGAAAAGGAUUUUUUUAUUGCCAUGCAUUAGAUGCCUAUUAGCAUCAUUAUUAUUAAAUUAUUUAUUGAAUUGUUUGCAAUAUUCUACUACUUUCCUUUAAUUUUAGAAAUGUUUUAAUGUUUUAAAAAAUUUAUCGUGUAAUUUGAUGAAGUUAAAAAUGUAUAAGAAAAGAGGAAGAUAACAAUGGAUAAAAUGAUAAAUUAUUAAUUUUUUUUAAAUUGCUAAUAAACGAUGAGCCGAUACUUAAUUUAUUAAAGAUUUUAAAUAAUAAAUAAUUUUUGGUAGUUUUUAAUUUCUGUACACAAAAAUGGACAAUAUAAUAAGAAAUGUAUUUGACUGCACCUAUUUUUGGGCAAUUUUUGGGUGUUUAUUUAUGAGAAAUGACAUGAUUAUAGAAAAAUAUUUUCUUUGUAAAAUCACAAUAUGAGUAAAACGAAAAAAUUGUCAGAGUCUUAAAUAACUCAUGUUAAUAUGCGAAGAGUUAAUGUACGCACUAGUCGGUUCAAUUGAAUUCGCUAUUAGGUGUAAACUAGAUUCUCGAGCGUAUAUUCAAUACUCGAUUCCCAACUAAUCCGUUUAACUUUGGUCCAGAGUUAUCUUACGUGACCCCAUUCCUAAUUUCUAAAUUCAUUUAAGAGGGAUAGAAAGAUUGAAAACAGGUUUUAGAAAUCGGCAAUCUUUUUUAUUGUUUUAAAUUCAUGAUUUCAUAAACGUGGCUUCUUUUUAUCGUGCAUAUGAAAAAAAAAAAAAAAAAACGUUAAUCGCGUAGUGAUGUAAACAUCAUUGAGUUGCUGAUUGCAAUAUCGUAAUCACAUUAAAAAUUCUGAAUAGUCAUUUUACUGGCGCCGGGAUCACAAUAGUAGUACAUAAAUAACUUUUUGGCAAGGAGAUAACUCCUUUGUGAAACUAAUUACGAAUACUUUAGUAUCAAGGAACGAAAUAAAGCAGAAGUCUUCCACGACAACACAACAAACGAUUUAAAGUACAAAGGAAGUUAGAACAGCUUUCACUAUCUUCUCUUCCUCAUUCCUUCUUUUCCUUCCUCUCAUUUCAUCUUAAACUCAUCACUCCAAUUUCUUGUUACCCCGAGUAUUUAUUACUUUGUAAAUGUUACUUUGUUCCCGUUCACCCUUGCUCUUCGCCUCGUAUUUAUUUGCGCGUAUUCCAGAUCGGCGAAAUCGACGAGAUUUCGUCUCGGACGAUCUUCGAUAGCGUUAAUCCGCCAUAUUGUGAUAAAUCGUGGUCCUCGUCGGAAUAUCUCGACUAGAAUUGUCGGUUUAUCACAUUAACCUUCUAACCAUGUUCGGGGUUUUUUCGACCCAAAGGUUCUUUGCGGAAUUCUCAUGAUAUUAUUGUUACACUUUUGCAGAUUACAAUAAUUAUUCUAUUCACUAAAAUAUGUCAAAAUAUUGUAGACAUUCAGAAAAAUCGCAUUUGAACCUUUCAUUGAUAAUACUCUAAUACCACCAUAAUUUUUGAAAAGCGUUCAAGUCAAAAAAAGAUCCGAACAUGGUUAACUACGUUAACGAGUUCAAAAGCAAUUCCAAACGAUCCCGAUCACGAUCCGAACGCCGUCGACUCGCCAUAGAUCUCCGCCGACGAAUGAGGAUAUCCGAAACUCCUCUUUCGUUCACGAUAGUAGUAAUUCGAUUAAUUAAGAUAGAUAGAAAGUGAGCGAGUGAGCGAGCGUGAGAAAGAGAUUUUAGUAUGUAAUAGGUGAUUCAUUUGAUUGUGCGUGAACAUUAGCGUGAAUUUACUGUAUGCGUUUAUAAUGUUACAUUUACUUUUUAAAUCGGAAUCGGAUGAAACCUUACUGAUUUGCAGUGCUAUCCUUAUAACUGUGAUCAUCAGUGACUGUUCACUGUCUUUCAGCGAUUAAGAGGGACAUUUUCACUAAUCGGUAUAUUAUCCCUGAAAGACAAUGCACAUUAUCAUUGAUUGAUAUAAUUAAUAAGUAUAAUCAAUAAGCAUAAUUAAUAAGCAUAAGUAAAAUAAAAAUAUAAGUUAUAGCACUGAAAUCAGGCUUCACUUUUUCAGUGAACAGUUUACUGAUUCAGAUUUAGAGAGUAUGGGUUUGGUCGACGAAUCACGUGCCGAAGGUAUCUGUUCUUUUUGGCAGAACUUCCUGUACGAUUUAUUUUUUCUUUUCAUUUUUCCAAUGUGAAAGAAAAAGGUAGAAAAGUAAAUCGUGUACCAAGGUUCAAUCAAAAAGAGCAGACCUAAGAAAAUGCGAGACUGCCCUUGCACCUGAUGCUCCUCGCGCCAACAUCGCGGUGUCAUUAAGUCACUUUUCCAGUGACGAUUCUAGCAGUGCGGGCCGCACCUGCGUCAAUUGAUUCGGCAACGAAUCGGUCGGACAGGACAGGCCAGGCCCGUGAACGAUUUUCGUGAAAGUCACCGUUGUAAGAUUCCGUUGCGACAUCCGCCAUUCGGCGACGACCACGCGGCACAGCGCAGCGCAGCGCGGAGGUCGUUAAUGAUAGAAUGAAUAUCGAUUGGGCCGAUCGGAUCGAUCGGCCACUGUACGACUCAGGUGCAAGCGCAGGCUAAAGGCUGUGAAUUCAAGUAUCCCGGGAUGUACGGUCGACGAAUCAUUGUGACGUCGUAUAAUCAGAUUUCCCAAAGAUAUCCCAGGCUGUGCAUCCUAGAAGCGGCGAGGAGUCGCAUAGCGACGUUUCCCGAUCCUGAGAUUAGGGGCGCGAAUCCGAAACCGUGUACCUUACUUUUAGUUUAACCGUACUCGACGACUGACGGAUCUGCUUCCACGGGGUCGGCGCCGUGUGCAUAAAGCUCCCUCGCUCAAAUAUCCGAUAGGGCGAUAAUUAUUUUACCGUAGCAUGCACGAUUUACAGAAUGCCGCAUUGUGUUCACUCGUCAACAAUCAAGAAUAUUUAAUGUUCUUUUUCUAUUAAAUAAAGAAGUUUGACAACUGA